UUGCUGCGCAGCCCGCAACUCAAGCCCAUCCUCGGCUGUCAGCGCGGCGGUGCGGUUCGAGCUCGAAGAGGCCUGCGGGCGGCGUCCACCAUGUUGUGCCGGGCGGCGUGCAGCACGAGCCGGAAGCUGGUGCCGGGCCUGGGGGCUCUGGGCUCCCGGCUGAAACACAGCCUCCCGGACCUGCCGUACGACUAUGGCGCCCUGGAGCCCCACAUUAACGCGCAGAUCAUGCAGCUGCAUCACAGCAAGCACCACGCGGCCUACGUGAACAACCUGAACAUCGCCGAGGAGAAAUAUCGGGAGGCGCUGGAGAAGGGUGAUGUUACAGCUCAGGUAGCUCUACAGCCUGCAAUAAAGUUCAACGGUGGAGGCCAUAUCAAUCAUAGCAUUUUCUGGACAAAUCUGAGCCCUAACGGUGGUGGAGAACCCAAAGGGGAGUUGCUGGAAGCCAUCAAACAUGACUUUGGGUCCUUCAAGAACUUUAAGGAGAAGUUGACUGCCGUAUCCGUUGGCGUCCAAGGCUCAGGCUGGGGUUGGCUCGGUUUCAAUAAGGAACAGGGACGCUUACAGAUUGCUGCUUGUUCUAACCAGGAUCCCCUGCAAGGAACAACAGGUCUCAUUCCACUGCUGGGAAUUGAUGUGUGGGAGCAUGCUUACUACCUUCAGUAUAAAAAUGUCAGGCCUGAUUAUCUGAAAGCCAUUUGGAAUGUCAUUAGCUGGGAGAAUGUAACUGCGAGAUACGUGGCUUGCAAAAAGUAAAACAUCAGCCUUCACUGAGUACAUCAAGCUCUUUAUGACUAUUUUUGUAGUAGUGCAGAGAACCACAUAUACCAGUAAGCUGCUCCAUUGUAGCAUUUCUGAGUGUGGCUUAUUCAAAUAUUUGAUAAACAUAAUUUAGUGCUGUGAAUAAUCUCUUUUAAAACCUUAUUAGGCAACUGUUUGAAAAUGUUAAAUGCUUUGUAUAAUUUAAUCUUUUGAUUGAACAUUUUCUUCAGAGAGCUACAAUAGUUAGGAGAUUAUAAUUUUCAUCAUAAAACCAUGAAGAAUGUUUCAUCCCUAUACUGUUGGGGUGUCUAAGGAAGCCUUUCUAAUCCUGUUCUACAGAAAAUCUGGUCUUUUGCCCCAUUUGUUUAAUAAUAAAAUAUUAAAUUUAUUUCCCAAGUGAAAUAUUCAGUUUUCUAUUGAAAAUUGCUGUUUUUGUAAGUAAUCCUCUGUCCAUUAUUACUUCUGGUGGAUAUCACCCAGUGGUCUUUAGUUACUUAUUAUUUUUUGUGUUUGUGUGGUACACGGGCCUCUCACUGUUGUGGCCUCUCCCGUUGCGGGGCACAGGCUCCGGACGCACAGGCUCAACGGUCAUGGCUCACAGGCCCAGCUGCUCCGCGGCAUGUGGGAUCUUCCCGGACCGGGGCACGAACCCGCGUCCCCUGCAUCGGCAGGCGGACUCUUAACCACUGCGCCACCAGGGAAGCCGUUUAGUUACUUAUGAUCACAGGUUAUACAGGGUUAACACUAACCAUUUUGUCAUUAAAAAUAUAUAUAACUGGAUUGCUAAUUGAGAAUUGCUUUAUUAUGAGAAGGAAAUAGUAGUGCCUCUGAGUUUUUCUGUAGACGGAAAAAGACUUUUAUGAAAUUUUGUCCUCAUAGAAAUGUGUGUUGUCUGAGUGCUCAAAGUGGACAGAUUAGGGCCUAGUUAAUAAAGUCAGCGAUCGGGAUGGGCCACAGAUCUGCUGGCCAGACACGUGCCCCUCUUCUUCGGGGGCUGCUCAUGAAGCAUCCCUCUCAAGAGAACCACACCUGGGCCAGGGCCUGCAUUCCCAAGUAAUGAAAGGCAAGGUGGUUUCAGGACGCAGUCAGGAGCGUGCCUUUCUGGGGAACAUUUAUCUUCAAAGAUUUGUUUUUGAGUUAUUUCAUCCAUUUUGAUGUUUUUUGUUUCUUCUAGAAAAUGUACAAUCGCUAUAGAAGCUUUAUAUUGUUUUAUUGGUUUUUCCAAUAAAGGGAAAAACCGUAUCCCUAAUAUGGUGACAGGGCAGUCAAAUGACUUUCCUGUUGAGUUUUUGUGAAUGGAGCUGUUCAGUGCAGCAGGGUCCUUUCUGUAUUUGGCUUCACAGUGUCAGGUGUUCCGUGUUCUUCAUUAUCUUCUCUCCUUAUCGUUAAUAGCUGUAUAGUAUUUUAUCAACUGGACAUUUCCUAAUAUAUUUUACAGUUCUGUUACUGAAGAUUUCAUUUGUUUCUAAUCUGAUGAUUACAGGUAAUGCUAUUCUGAUACCCCACACAGGUUUUACCUUCUAUUGGAAUAUUUUUCUCUAUGUAGGUUUUUUUCUUAAACCUAUUUCAGUAACAGGGUGUUUUCUCAAAGUUUAUUUUUUCAUUAAAAAAAAUUUCCCCCUAACUUUAUUAUCCUUUUUUUUUUUUUCAUGGAAAAAUUGAGUGACUUAGCAGUUUCAAUAUUGAAGACUGAAGUUU